AUGAUUAUUAUAUUUGAUUUUCUUGGAAAUAAAAAAAAAUGACGCAGUAAAUUCUGUACCUUUCUUUACUGAAAAAGAAAAUUUAUCUUUUGAUCGUCAUAAGAUAUCUGGUGAUAAGGAGGCUUAGAGUGAAGGUAUUCCCUGAAUUUGACCAAUGCAGAACGUAUCACAACUAAUGCAAAUGCAGCAACUGUUUGUCACAUGCUUUGUAGUGGCUGUAGCAACUCUGAUUUUGAGGACUUCUGCCGACGAUCAUCGUUGCGAUCACCCAACCAAAGAUACCGGCUAUCCUCCGAAGGUAUUUCAUCAAGUGCUGAAUGCAUCCGUGAUCAAUAAAUACGACGAAGUCGUUGUCAUUGGUGACGUACACGGCUGUCUUGACGAACUGAAGUUGUUGCUUGAAAAGAGCAAUACUACAGGUGACAACGUUUUGAAGGUCCUAGCAGGUGACAUAACCAGGAAAGGCCCGAAAAGCAUUGGAGUGAUACGUUUUUUGAGACAGACGCCGUCGAUCAUAACAGUAAGAGGCAACAAUGACCAAAAAAUUCUGAUGAGACACUUCAAGCACCACCACUUUAACUAUCAUUUGAAAAAACAGGACAUGUUUAUCGUAAACAUGACCAUGGCCGAUUUUCAUUUCAUGCAGCAUUUGCCAUACACGAUUUCUAUGCCUUCCUUAAAUGCUGUUGUUGUCCAUGGUGGUUUACGUCCUGGAGUACCCCUCAGGCACAACCAACCGUAUGAUAUGAUGAACAUGAGAAACCUGAUAAAAGAUAGUCGCUGUGCUGGAGGAUAUAGGCCCUACAAUGGAGAUGACAAAGGGGCACGCUGGGCACCCUUAUGGCAAGGUCCAGUCCAUGUCUACUUCGCUCAUGAUCACCCGAGAAAUAUGCAAAUUUCGCCUUUUGCAACUGGACUUGAUACUAGUUGCGUCUAUGGGCGAUAUUUGACAGGUCUAUUUUUAAAAGGUCCAAGAAAAGGUCAGGUUGUACAACAAAAAGCGUUAAAGCAGUACUUCCAUCAUUAGUCGCAACGAAGAUAUACUGAAGAAAGUCUCUAAUUUUUUGUACAGUUAAGAAAAGACUUGCAUUUCUAUGCUUUCAAUAAGAUACCUCACUAGUUUCAGAAGCGCCAUGUUUGUAUAUGGAUAUCUUUCAGGUAUAUAUAUUUUUUAAUAAAAAGACCAAGUAUAGGUCACUUUGUGUAACUAAGUAGAUGAAAAGGACAUGUUGCACUCGCACAGUGACACUGAUGAAGUUCUAAUUGUCCCGAUGUUGAGUUCUGUGUUUAAUAUGGUCACAAAAGUCUUAACAAAGGUCCAACGAUGGUCCACAAAGAUCUUAAUAAAUGAAAUAUUGACUGAUACAAUAACAGUUGAAAUGUAAUAUUGACUUUAGAAAGUAAAAGUGUGUAGUGUGUUUUGUAAUCAGAUUAAAAAUUAGUUAAAAAAAUA